AUGAAUCUCAGGGACAAUUAUUCAAUAGAGUUGGUGUCUACCUUUCUAAUGAUGUUUUCAGUAAUGGGCAGCUAUUUUUGCCUUCUCUCGAGUUUGAGCACCCGCAGGCCUCAAAGUGAACAAUCCUGUAAGAACAGUGAAAAAUAUCGUCUACAAAGAGUAGAACAAAAACAGAAGAGUCCUGCACGGUCUGAUUCAAAGACUUAG